GGCCCCACAACCCAACUCCCCUCCACUGAACGCCUGCAGCACCAGACACAGGUGGGUGAGAAUCGUAGGGUGCUCCAGGCAGUACGCUCCCUGUUAGAGGAGUUCAGGUUAGAGUUGAGGGAGGAGGAGAACAGGAGGUGCCAGCUGCAGCAGAUCUACGCUAAUGACAAAGCUUCCUGGGAGGUCAAAUGGGCAGAGAUGAAGUGUCACGUCGCUCAGCUGGAAGAGGAGAGACGAGAAGAGAAAGGAGAGGUGAGAGGAGAGGACAGAGGGGAGACGCAGGGAGGAGGAGGAGGAGGAGACAAAGACUGGGCCUUUAAACAGGAGCGAGAGGAGCACCGUUGCCUCCUGGCAGAGAGCCACAGCACCUCCCUGAACCUCCACUGGAAGCUGCAGCAGGGAGAGAAGAGGUGGGGGAGGGAGAGGAGAGACCUACUGGAACGCUUCGACCAGGAGAGACAAGAGUGGGACAGCAACAUGAGUAACAUGCACCACAAGAUGGAGAGGCUGCAGAGAGAGCUGAAUGUCCGACAGAGCAGUGAGGGCUCACCCUCCGACGUCAAAGACGGGGCGAUGGCAGGAGGACACAGGGGUGUCUUUUCUCCUCAGGAGAGCCCAUGUAAGGUCCCUCGCUCCCCUCGGUCACCCCGCUCCCCUCGGUCUGCCAUCCCCGGCCCUGUUUCCCUCCCCACCCGCUCCCACUCGGACUCAGAGGCCCAUGAAGAGCAGGGGGCUGUAGUGAGGGUCAGAGGCCCAACAGAGAACAUUUUCCUGGAUGCUCUGACGCUAGACUCCCUUGGUAGCCUGGAGGUCCCACUUCCCAGCAGACUGGACUCUGACAAGAGGUUGCUCUAUAUGAACCAGGCUCUGAAUGAGAUCCCAGACAUAGAGGACCCAAUGUACCAGGAGGAAGAGGAGGAGGAGGAAGAGAUGGGCUUUGGCAGUCUGCUCAGGGCUAAGUCAGUCUGUUCUAUGAGUGACUUCCAGCGUCUGAUGGACAGCUCUCCUUUCCUGCCUGACAAGAGUCGUCAUGGUGACUGUGGCCGUGACGACGUGACCCCACCCCUUUCACCUGAUGACCUGAAGUACAUAGAGGAGUUCAACAGUAAGGGGUGGGGCUUUCCUGUCCCUGGCCCCUCCCCUACACCAGGCCACCACACCCCCACACCCAUGGAAGCCUGGGCAGAACGGCCCACGUCAGAACCAUUCCAGCCAGCCUUGUGGUUCCUGACAACCAGUGCUACGCUUACUACUAACACCCUGUCCAGCCCUGAACCCCAUCCCCUCUGCCAGCACUCCCCUCUCAGGGGUAACGGGUGUAACAGAGGAGGGGGGGCAAGUGUCCAUGUCUCCCACAGCCCCACCCGACCCCCAGGAACCCCUGAACAGGACUACAUGUACCCCAAAGGGACCAAGGGGCGAGGGGGUGGCGGUGAGGUGGGGGAUCCCCCUGGGGUAGGGGGACCAGACGAGGUAUUUGGUAAUGGUAGGUGGCCCUCCACCUGUCAUAAGGAGUUAUUAGAGGGUGGGGGUGGACUGGGAGGUGGACUUAGGGUUCCAUCUGGCGUGGGCCCCAUCCCUACGGUGGGGUACGCCUCGUCUCUGGAGCUGCAGCUAUCACGGAACCUCAGUGAUGACAUGAAGGAGGUGGCCUUCUCCGUAAGGAACUACCGCUCAGGCCCUGGUACCUCGGACCUCCUGGAGCAACACAGACAGCUCCGAGACACGGCGUGUCAGACCAACGGUUUCACUACUCGGGGAACCCAGACCACCCAGACCAUCAGUGUGGGCUUACAAACUGACAUCCUCCGCAACCUCACCAGCUCCCCCCACCGCUGCCUCACCCCUAUAGGAGGAGGCUCCACCCCCAUCUCCUCCCCCUCUAGAAACAUCCGGAAGAUACAAUACUCUCCUGUAGUCCAGUCCAAGUUCGAGCGGACAUGUUGUUCUCCUAAGUACGGUUCUCCUAAGCUCCAGAGGAAGUUGUCGACAUCAUCGAAGGCUGACCUCCCUGUAGGGGCCUCCUCCAGCUCCACGACCGGCCCCAGGGUUCCGACUCCCACCACCCCCCAGAAGGGAGCCUCUGAGUCGGCCUGGGCUCGUUCCACCACCACCAGGGACUCUCCGGUCCACACCACCAUCAACGACGGCCUGUCCAGCCUCUUCAACAUCAUAGACCACACCCCCGUAGCUUACGAACCCCUGCAGUCCAAAUUCACCAAGUCCCCAAGCCGCACCCGCCCCGCUCCCCCUGACCCCUCACCUCCCGGGGGGCCAGGGGUACCCAGCCUACCGCCCUCAGACCCCAAAGAACCCAGGUCCCUUGGAGCAGCCCAGGAGUUCCUGAGGAAUGUCCGCGGGCGUUCUCCCAGCCCGGUGCAGCUGAUAGUAGAGACCCAGGGAGGGCUGGGGGGAACAGGAGGGGAGAGGACACCGGAGGUGGUCAGUAUACGACAGGACCUGUCUGCCCCGCCUGGAUACACACUGGCAGAGAACGCAGCCCGUCUGCUUAACAAGAAGCUGUUGGAGCAGAACCUCAGGGAGGAGAAGAGACUGGGGUCUGCAGGCCAGAGCAGAGAGGGGAGGCAUGGAGAAGGAGACCGGAACCAGGCGGGGUGUAUGGAGGACCUCCCUCGCUCCCCAGUGGCUCCGCCCCUGGAGUCGUGUUUCCUGCGUCCGGCUAGGCCAGCCAACCGCCGCCCCCCCUCCCGCUGGGCAGCCCCCUCCUCCCCCCGAGGCUGGCUAGACGUCACAGAGCGGAGGUUCACCUUCCCCAUGGUGACUGGGACCAGUAAGACUGGGACUGGGACCAGUAAGACUGGGACUGGGACCACCUCUAUACCAGACCUGGAUGAGACUGGACCAGCAGAAUCACAACAGGAACCAUCACCAUACCCCUGUUCUCCUUGACUCCCUUUUUACCUGCUCCACUCUCUUUCUCACCAUACCCCUGUUCUCCUUGACUCCCUUUUUACCUGCUCCACUCUCUUUCUCACCAUACCCCUGCCAGUACCUCAGACCCAUCUUUCCUCUACUCCCUCUCAUCCCUCU